AUGCCAGAACCCGCUUCCAGUGGUCGACGCGAUCGCGCCAGCCGCAUCCCACCCGUGGCGAACAUCGUCAUUCCUCCGCCGCCGAUCCCAGAGAGCGAACGUCCUCCACCAAUAAAGUUUAAUCAUGCCGGUGACCUUAGUGGGUUCGUGAACCAAUCCAACCAUCGCAUCAUACAUAAAAAUAAGACAUAUCCCUCCGCCUUGCAUCUUCUCGAAGCAAUGAAAUUUGCGGAUAAGCCGGAUAUUGUAGAAAGGAUACGUUUGGCUUUGGAUGCGAACGAGGUGUACAGGCUCUCGUCGCAGUAUCAAGAACAUGUCCGUGCAGAUUGGGGCCGUAUGUUCCUCGACGUCCUGGACGACGUGUUAUACCUCAAGUUUAAACAAAACCCUACGAUUCGACACCUGCUUUUGAACACGGGGAUCGCGGACCUCAUUUUCGCGGAUUCAAAUGAAUAUUGGGGUGAGGGUCCCAAUGGCGAAGGUGAAAAUCACCUUGGGAGAGCCCUUUGUCGUGUCAGAGAAAGGUUUCAUCGUGAAGGCGUGAGGUAA